AGCUAUAAAUAAAGAAUAAAAUAAUAUUCAUAAUGAAUUAAAGAAUCUAAUACAAUAUUUUUGUAAAACUAUGGCAGUUAUAGAAGAUAUCCUAAAAGUUCAAGGCUGUAUAAAUAUAUUUGGUUACGGUUCUUUAAUAUGGAAUCCAGAUGUUGAUUAUGACUGCUCAUAUCUUGGCUACAUUAGUGGUUACGAAAGAAGGUUUUGGCAAGGAAGCACAUAUCAUAGAGGGACAUUAGAACAACCUGGUCGGGUGCUUACCAUGACCAAAGUAAAUGAGGGCCGCUGUUGGGGCAGAGUUUUUGUGAUAAAAGGCGCCGAUAAAGUUCGAAAAGCGUUGGAUUCGUUGCAAACUCGUGAGCAACAAUUAGGUCAUUACGAUAUAAGAAUUGUGCCGGUACAUAUAUUAGAAACUAACGACAUUUUAUACUCAGUCGUAUAUUAUGCAACACCUGAAAAUCCUUUGUUUCUCGGCGAAUCUUCUUUAGAUGAAAUAGCUGAAAAUAUUGUACAGUCUUGCGGUGUUUUUGGCCACAAUAUUGAAUAUUUGUUUCGACUUACAGACUUUAUGCGCGAAAAUUUACCAGAAGAAAAAGAUGAGCAUCUCUAUGCUCUAGACAAGCUUGUUCGCUCAAAAAUUGGUUUGCUUGCAAAAAACGUCUUGCCAUGGCAUAAACUUUUAGAAAACGAUAGUUUUAGAAAACAUAUUUACGAUAUAAAAGAAACAAAUUAUAACGAAGAAGUUAGUUUGAAAACAAUUAUUGUUCAAGCAUCGUAAAUUAAAUUUUUUUUAGGUUUUGGAAUAUACUUUAUUUUUGUUUAUACUUUAUUUUGUGUUACAAAUUUUUACUAGUUAUUUUUAUAUUUAUAUUUGCGUUUAUUUAGUUUUUCUAAUAUUUACACACAACAAGUUUAUAUAUAUUCUGAAAUAAAAAAUUGCAUAUUUUUAUAGCAAUCUAUCGCGUCGAUUAAUUAAAAAGACUGUUUUUCUUAAA